AUGCCUCAUACAGCGUUUGAAAAGGUGUCUGUAGUGGAGAAACUACCAUCCAAGCUAAUUAUCGAAUCUAUUUGCACCUACGGGGAUUACUUACUGGUAGGAACAAGAGAUGGUGUCUUAAUAUCCUACAAUAUUACCAUGGGCCCAGAUCAAUCUAGCCCGGAUAUCAAACUUGUACGAACAUUAAAGAAUUUCUCUAAGAAACCAAUCGUACAGAUGGCAGCUAUUGAAAGUAUAAACCUACUCAUUAGUUUAUCAGAUUCCACCAUUUGCUUGUAUGAAUUAAAAUCCUUGACGUUAAUUAAUCAAAUGGCCAAAACAAGAGGAGCAACUCUGUUUGCUGUUGAUGUUUCAAAAAACCGAGAGGAUGGAGAUCAAAUUCGUCUAUGUGUUGCCGUCAAGAAAAAAUUACAGAUUUACGUUUGGGAAGAUGUCAAUUUUGUCGAGUUAGGCCCUGAUUUAUCUGUGCCAGAUACACCUAGGGCUGUCAUGUGGUCUAAAAAUUACCUUUGGUUAGGUUUUAAAAGGUCUUAUUACGUUAUCAAGUUGGAUAAUAACGACAUGUUUGAAUUAUUCGAAAUUGGAAAAUCUCCAGAGCCUAUGAUAACUGCGUUGAGAAACGGUAUAGUAGCUGUCCAAAAAGAUGAUAUGACUGUAUUUUUAAAUUCUGAUGGCAAACCGGCAAGAAGUUUCACGAUAACAUGGAGUGAUACACCAGCCAAUAUAACUUACACUGCGCCCUAUAUUAUGGGAAUAUUAUCAAGGUAUUUAGAAAUUCGACUUGUUGAUCCUCCAACAUUGGUGCAAAGUAUCGAAUUCGACAAAGCCAAAUUGAUAACUUGCGACAAAUACUGCUAUUUAGCUUCACAAAGUUGUGUAUGGCGUGUACAACCAGUACGACUAGUUGAUCAAUUGGAAACUUUAAUCAAUGUAAAAGAAUUCGAACUGGCAUUAAAUCUAUUGAAUGUCAAUUCCAUAGAUGGAGCGCAAAAAGAGCAACAAACACGUCGUAUAAAAAUCUUAUUGGCUUUUGAUUUGUUUGCAAAGCAUUAUUUCCAACGGGCCUUUAAAUAUUUUACUGAACUUAAUUUAGAUGUUCGUAUCAUUAUUGGAUUAUUUCCUGGUUUAAUGGGGGAAGAACCGUUGACAAAUUUCAAAUAUCCUAUAGAAAUUACACGUCUACCAUCAACUGCUGAACAGAAUGGAUUAACAUUCUUAGCAGAGUAUCUUACUGAUGCUAGAAAUAACUAUAUCAAAGAAAAGAAAAAUAGUAACCCAAACGAUAUCGAAGAAGGGAAGAAACGAGAUAGUUUAUUGCAAGUUAUUGAUACAACUUUGUUAAAAUGCUAUAUAAAGACUGGCAAUGGUGUAGUAAAAUCUCUCUUACGCCUUAAAGAUAACAAUUGUCAUAUAGAUACAAGUGUUAAAGUCCUAAAAGAAACGAACAGUUUGGAAGAACUUGUUAUACUUUAUGAAAGUAAAGGGCUACAUGAACGAGCUCUAGAGUUACUAAAAAGUGAAGCCAAGAGAAGUGAUUCUCCAUUAUCUGGAUAUGAUAAAAUUAUUAGUUAUUUGCAGAAGCUGGGUGAGCAAAAUUUAAAGUUAAUAUUUAAGUUUUCUGCAUGGGUAUUAAAAACAAGUCCCGAUAGUGGUCUAAUGAUAUUUAUUGAUGAAAAUACACCAGAAGUUGAAAGCCUCCCUCGUGGAAAAGUUUAUAAGCACUUGCAAAAUUAUUGUCCGGAAUUGUGUAUUCCAUAUUUGGAACAUAUUAUACAUACAUGGAAAGAAGAAGAAAGUGAAUUCCAUAACGAUCUCAUUAAGUUGUAUCUUCAAGAAGUAGAAAACGAAACUGUAAAAAAUUCCAAUGGGUUAUUUGAAGAGAGAGCAUUAUUGUUGGGACGUCUUGGUCGUCAUGAUCAAGCCUUAGCAAUUUACGUUCAUGUAGUAAAAGAUGAUAAAAUGGCUGAAGAGUACUGUUGGAGACAUUAUAAUAGUGAAGGUAGUGGACAUAAUGAGGUCUACCACCACUUCCUUAGAAUGUACCUCUCUCCGCCUGAUCCGAAAGGAUUAGGCAUCAAAGUGGAUAUACCUAAACUUGAACCAAAUGUUAAAAGAGCUUUAGAAAUACUAGAAAAAUAUUACGAUCGUAUUAACACAGCGGAGGCAUUAGUCCUUCUGCCUCCUACUAUGAAAGUGAACGAGAUUGCCUCCUUCCUUAUGAAUGUGGUUGAAGAUCGAACCUCACGACGUCGUAAUGGUCUCAUAUUAAAGAGUCUGCUGUAUUCGCAACGUCUGCAAGUUCAAGAGUUACGAAUGCAGUACAGGAAAAACUCUUCAAACAUAUCGGAAGAUAAGUCAUGUCGUGUUUGUGGUCAAAGGAUCGGUGUCAGUGCAUUUGCCCGUUACCCUAAUGGAGUUGUUGUUCAUUAUGGAUGUUGUACGGAUCUUAAAAGCAUGCAAUUCUAUCGUGCAUGGUGUAAAAUAAAAUACAAGGUGUUCAGUUUCGACCCGGAAUUGCUAGAAACAUUGAAAGUUUUUUCGUUUACUAUUAAUUGA